AUAGUUGGUUUCGGUAUUUAUUUAAUCCCCUUCGAGUGGGCUUUUAAACUUCUUUUUCGCUAUUUGACCGUACAUACUUGUACUUUGUACUAAAUUUAAAACUCCCGAUCUCGUGGGUAUUAAAACAGAGAUUGUGGGUCUGGUCUGGACACGGUGUGGAGCCGUUAUCUAUCCGGGGAACUUUAAACCUCGUGAAACAAGAAGGGUAUUCCCUCUCCUGAUAACUUUUUGACAGUAGACGGGGAAUGAGGGAAACUAUUUCACUGUGCAGGACAUUUAAACCCGCCUGCAUAAAGUUGUUUUUUUUUUUAUAUAUAUCCGUGUGCUUCCUUAUUACUCGUGAAAGAGACUCUGUUAUUUCAUAAGAUUCCUCUUGAGAAGAUUCAGAGAUAAAGACUUUUGUGUGGAGCUUACACGGCUGUGUCAUUCAACAACUAUGGAGUGUAUUUAUGUCCCGUUUUGUGGUAGUGCGCCGAGUGAAGUGUAAGACCUAUCAUUCCAUUGCGUUGAAUAUGACCAUUCAACCAUCUCAUCUGCUAAAUUAAAAUAGCGCUAGAUUUAAUGUUUAAACCGCCCGGAGAUGAAUAUUUCAACAAAUGUUUCUCAAAAUAUUUCUUAUUCAAAUGUUUCUCAAAACAUUUCUUAUCCGACCCUCCAGGAAUUGAAUGACCAGGCAGCCCUAAGGUUUCUACCUGUGAUCGUAUUUCUGUUCACCUUAAUGCUCUGUGGGAUAUUCGGUAAUGUUUUGGUGUGUAUUGUGUAUUUGAGAAAAAAGACCAAGCUUUCCCCGGAUUACUUCAUCCUAAAUCUGGCUUUUCUGGAUCUAUUAACAUGUGUGAUCGGUAUCCCGGUAGAAAUCGCUGACUUGAGGUACCCCUAUAUGUUUUAUGCCCCCGCGGCUUGCAAACUGCUCCGAACUAUAGAAUCACUUUCUGGGAUGGGAUCAGCACUGACUUUAGUUGCAAUAUCUAUUGACCGAUACAAGCGUAUAUGUAAAUUGGGACAACAUUUCAAUAACUCCACAGUAAAGCGGCUAUGCGGUGGAGCAAUAUUAAUGGGCGUGGUCAUCGGGUGGCCCGCCGCGGUGGUUUUCGGAAAGAAGACGGUCGACUUGGGGAUUCCCGGUGUUAAAGGGGAGGACUGUUCUACCGCGGACGAAAUGAGGGAAACCAUUUAUCCACUCCUCUACUACAGUGCAAUAAUGGUGUGUUUCGUAGUAUCCGUUGUGUUUGUUAUUUUCGUUUAUGUCCGAAUCUCAAUAUUUAUUCGCAAAGGAAUCUCGUUAAAACGAACCAGAACUAAUGACCCGGUAUCGACCUACUCCAUGAACGUUCAUUUCAUAGCCGAAGAAAACACAAGCGGAUCUUGUCCUAGUCAGGCUCAUCCAAUGCUUGACGCCACGCCUCAACAUCGCAGACGACAAAUGAACAGUAUGCGCGUCACGCGCACAACAACCAUCUUUGUUGCCGUGACUGUCGCGUUUAUUCUCAGUUAUCUCCCUUUUCUGAUUAUCAUGAUCAUCAGAAACAUUAAGAAGGACAUUGAAGACAAUAUGUCACACGAUACAGAGGUCGUGUACAAGUUUUUCUCAAAAUCUUAUUUUGUAAACAAUGCAAUCAACCCUCUAAUUUAUAGCUUCCUCAACAGACGUUUCCGAAAUGACGUUAAAAAUUUACUGAAAUGUGCAAAGAGACCGUGAAAUAUCUACUUUCAUUUGGACUAACUAUUUGGUAUAGCAGGUCAUUUGUCCGUGUGACAAACAUUAGUAUUUCUGAAUAUGAGCGUUUUAUGCUUUUCAUUUUAACAUAAGCAUUGUCCGUAAUUAAUAAGGGAAUGUCAGUGAAUUUUCUUUUGAAUUCUAAUGUAUUUUGUAUUUGAAAUGCACAUUUUACUGUUUUUGAAAGAUUACGUUUUGAAUAAAAUUCUUAUCCAUU